AUGGACGAGUUGCAAAAACUUGAGUAUUUGUCUCUCGUAUCUAAAGUUUGUACAGAACUUGAGAACCAUUUGGGACUAAACGACAAGGACUUAGCUGAAUUUAUCAUACAUCUGGCAGAAAAGAACAAUACUUAUGAGAAGUUAAAAAAAGCUCUGGAUGAAAAUGGUGCAGAGUUUGCAGAUUCACUGGUUGCAAAUCUGCUCAGGUUGAUUCAAAAAAUGAAACCAAAGCCACAGAAAGGAGCCAAGUAAGAAACAGAAAUCAC